AUGACACCCUAUCUGUUACAUGGGCAUGUUACAGCAAUGACACCCUAUCUGUUCCACAGGUCUGUCACAUUAUGACACCAUAUCUGUUACAAAGGUCUGUUACAGCAAUUACACCCUAUCUGUUCCACAGGUCAGUCACAGCAAUGACACCCUAUCCGUUACACAGGUCUGUUACAUCAAUGACACCCUAUCUGUUACAUGGACCUUUUUCAGCAAUGACACCCUAUCUGUUACAAAGGUAUGUUACAGCAAUGACACCCUAUCUGUUACAAAGGAAUGUUACAGCAGUGACACCCUUUAUGUUUCAUAGACCUGUUACAGCAAUGGCACCCAAUCUGUUACAUAGGUCUGUUACAGAAAUGACACCCUAUCUGUUACAAAGUUAUGUUACACCAAUUAAACAAUAUCUGUUACAAAGGUAUGUUACACCAAUUACACCCUAUCUGUUACAAAGGUAUGUUACACCAAUGACACCCUAUCUGUUACAAAGGUAUGUUACAGCAAUGACACCCUAUCUGUUACAAAGGUAUGUUAGAGCAAUGACACCCUAUCUUUUACAUAGGUCUGUUACAGAAAUGAAACUCUAUCUGUUCCACAGGUCUGUCACUGCAAUGACACCCUAUCUGUUACAUAGGCCUGUUACAGCAAUAACACCCUAUCUGUUACACAGGCCUGUUACAACAAUGACAACCUAUCUGUUACAUAGGUGUGUUACAGCAAUGACACCCUAUCUGUUACAUAUGUCUGUUACAGCAAUGACACCCUAUCUGUUACAAAGGUAUGUUACACCAAUUACACCCUAUCUGUUACAAAGGCAUGUUACAGAAAUGACACCCUAUCUGUUACAAAGGUAUGUUACAGAAAUGACACCCUAUCUGUUACAAAGGUAUUUUACAUAAAUUACACCCUAUCUGUUACAAAGGUAUUUUACAGAAAUGACACCCUAUCUGUUACAAAGGUAUGUUACAGCAAUGACACCCUAUCUGUUACACAGGCCUGUUACAACAAUUACAACCUAUCUGUUACAUAGGUAUGUUACAGCAAUGACACCCUAUCUGUUACAAAGGUAUGUUACAUAAAUGACACCCUAUCAGUUACAAAGGUAUGUUACAGCAUUGACACCUUAUCUGUUCCACAGGUCUGUCACUGCAAUGACACCCUAUCUGUUACAUAGGCCUGUUACAGCAAUGACACCCUAUCUGUUACACAGGCCUGUUACAGCAAUGACACCCUAUCUGUUAUACAGGCCUUUACAACAAUGACAACCUAUCUGUUACAAAGGAAUGUUACAGCAAUGACACCCUAUCUGUUACAUAGACCUGUUAGAGCAAUGGCACCCAAUAUGUUACAUACAGUGAGGGAAAAAAGUAUUUGAUCCCCUGUUGAUUUUGUACGUUUGCCCACUGACAAAGAAAUGAUCUGUCUAUCAUUUUAAUGGUAGGUUAAUUUGAACAGUGAGAGACAGAAUAACAACAAAAAAAUCCAGAAAAACGUAUGUAAAAAAUGUUAUAAAUUGAUUUGCAUUUUAAUGAGGGAAAUAAGUAUUUGACCCCCUCUCAAUCAGAAAGAUUUCUGGCUCCCAGGUAUCUUUUAUACAGUUAAUGAGCUGAAAUUAGGAGCACACUCUUAAAGGGAGUGCUCCUAAUCUCAGCUUGUUACCUGUAUAAAAGACACCUGUCCACAGAAGCAAUCAAUCAAUCAGAUUCCAAACUUCCACCAUGGCCAAGACCAAAGACCUCUCCAAGGAUGUCAGGGACAAGAUUGUAGACCUACACAAGGCUGGAAUAGGCUACAAGACCAUCGCCAAGCAGCUUGGAGAGAAGGUGACAACAGUUGAUGUGAUUAUUCGCAAAUGGAAGAAACACAAAAUAACUGUCAAUCUCCCUCGGCCUGGGGCUCCAUGCAAGAUCUCACCUUGUGGAGUUGCAAUGAUCAUGAGAACGGUGAGGAAUCAGCCCAGAACUACACGGGAGGAUCUUGUCAAUGAUCUCAAGGCAGCUGGGACCAUAGUCACCAAGAAAACAAUUGGUAACACACUACGCCAUGAAGGCCUGAAAUCCUGCAGCGCCCGCAAGGUCCCCCUGCUCAAGAAAGCACAUAUACAGGGCCGUCUGAAGUUUGCCAAUGAACAUCUGAAUGAUUCAGAGGAGAACUGGGUGAAAGUGUUGUGGUCAGAUGAGACUAAAAUCGAGCUCUUUGGCAUCAACUCAACUCGCCGUGUUUGGAGGAGGAAUGCUACCUAUGACCCCAAGAACACCACCCCCACCGUCAAACAUGGAGGUGGAAACAUUAUGCUUUGGGGGUGUUUUUCUGCUAAGGGGACAGGACAACUUCACUGCAUCAAAGGGACGAGGCCAUGUACUGUCAAAUCUUGGGUGAGAACCUCCUUCCCUCAGCCAGGGCAUUGAAAAUGGGUCGUGGAUGGAUAUUCCAGCAUGACAAUGACCCAAAACACACGGCCAAGGCAACAAAUGAGUGGCUCAAGAAUAAGCACAUUAAGGUCCUGGAGUGGCCUAUCCAGUCUCCAGACCUUAAUCCCAUAGAAAAUCUGUGGAGGCAGCUGAAGGUUCGAGUUGCCAAACGUCAGCCUCGAAACCUUAAUGACUUGGAGAAGAUCUGCAAAGAGGAGUGGAACAAAAUCCCUCCUGAGAUGUGUGCAAACCUGGUGGCCAACUACAAGAAACAUAUGACCUCUGUGAUUGCCAAUAAGGGUUUUGCCACCAAGUACUGAGUCAUGUUUUGCAGAGGGGUCAAAUACUUAUUUCCCUCAUUAAAAUGCAAAUCAAUUCAUAACAUUUCUGACAUGCGUUUUUCUGGAUUUUUUUGUUGUUAUUCUGUCUCUCACUGUUCAAAUAAACCUACCAUUAAAAUUAUAGACUGAUCAUGUCUUUGUCAGUGGGCAAACUUACAAAAUCAGCAGGGGAUCAAAUACUUUUUCCCCUCACUGUAGGUCUGUUACAGAAAUGACACCCUAUCUGUUACAAAGUUAUGUUACACCAAUUAAACCCUAUCUGUUACAAAGGUAUGUUACACCAAUGACACCCUAUCUGUUACAAUGGUAUGUUACAGCAAUGACACCCUAUCUGUUACAACAAUGAUACCUUAUCUGUUACAUUGGCAUGUUACAGCAAUGACACCCUAUCUGUUACACAGGUCUGUUACAUCAAUGACACCCUAUCUGUUACAUGGACCUUUUUCAGCAAUGACACCCUAUCUGUUACAAAGAUAUGUUACAGCAAUGACACCAUAUCUGUUACAAAGGAAUGUUACAGCAAUGACACCCUUUCUGUUUCAUAG